GCAGGGGGUCUAGGAGAUUAGUGAGCAGCAGAGUAAGCUAGUGGGGUGGUUUGCAGAGUGAUCCGCUGCCGAAAUGGCCACCAAAGUAGUGGAUCUGAUCUACUGGCGGGACGUGGGGAAGACAGGGCUGGUGUUCACAGGGCUGGUGAUAGGCCUGGCCAGCCUGUUCCAGCUCAGUGCCAUCACCGUGCUGUCCUACCUGUGUAUGGCCAUCAUGUGUCUUACCUUCCCCCUACGCCUCUACUACAAACUCCUAGAGCUGAUACGUAAGAACCCUGAAGGAGUGCACCCCUUCCAGUCUUAUAUAGGAGACGACAGCUCUCUGACAGAUGAGGAGACGGUGUUGGUGGUGGAGGAAGUGGUGCUGAUGAUUGCCUUCGCCAUCACGGAGAUCAAACGCCUGCUCUUCAUCGGCAGCAUCAUGGACUCCAUCAAGUUUGUGUUGCUGCUGUGCGUGUUGGUCUAUGUGGGCAUCACGACCAACGGACUGACCCUGGUGAUAGUUGGUGUCAUCUGUGUUUUCUCUCUUCCUCUAUUCUACAAACAAAUGCAGGGUCGGAUGAAGAGGAUUGGCAAUGUGGUCAACGGCCUCCUGAGGAAAAUCAAAAGCUUGUUUAAGAGGUUGUGCAGUACACUGAGAUCCUCUACUGCGGCUAAACCUGCUCCAACCACUACCCUGACCCCGGUGCCAGCCCUGGCCCCAAAACACAAACAAAAGUCAAAGUGAUAAGAAAGAGAAAGGGGGAUCUAUGGGAAAAGAGGGGGGUCAUUCAUACGUCUUAUCAGACCACCUGGGAUUAGGGGCUGGGAAACUCUGACAAGGGGGAG